UAGAAAGACUUGAUAGCAAUGCAGUAGUUUAUGGAUUAUAUCAAAUCCAAAAGCCAGAUGUCAAUCGAUUAAUACCUAUAAAGGAUGAUAUACUUAACUGUGUAGCUGAACGACAAAAAAUAAAUGAUUGGAAGAAAAAAAUGCGCAUUCCAGGUAAGUAUGAAGAAAUAGAGAUGGUAGUUCAUAAUGUCUAUGCAUUUUUAAGAAACCAGCAUUUUUCAAGAGAUCGAAUGGUUGAAUAUUAUAAAGGAGAUACUUGGGAAGCUAUCAAUAAUGCCCUUCAAGGUUCUCAAGCAAUCUGGCUUAUGGGAGUGGAAGAUGAAACCCAAAAAAUAUCCCAAUUUGUUUUAGAAGAUGGUUGCACAUUUAGAACAUGGAAAAAACAUAUAGAAAUUAUAGAAGCAUGCAAACAAUUGGUUAAUGAUACAAUAAACUGGCAAUAUCAAAAGAACAUAAUUAAUGAAGAAAAAAGAUUGAUUCUUUUAGAGUCUCUCAAAGUAGUUGAUUUAGCAGAACAGGUAUUUGGUGCAAAUCACGCUGUAAGUUUUAUACAGGGCGGAAAAAAUGAAGAAAAACGACUUACUCAUCAUCUUGUAAUAGAUGAAGGUGAACUUGAUUUCUUAAUAAAAGAUUGUACAGAUGCUGGAACUUUUGCUAGAAGAGAAAGAU